AUGCGUCCAACAUUCCCCUCACUUCGAUUCGGGCUGAUGGUUGGUAUUGGAGGAGGCGUGCCUAAUGGUAGCGCCGAUAUUCGUCUCGGCGAUGUGGUCGUCAGUGUGCCAAAUGAAACUUCUGGCGGCGUGGUUCAAUACGACUAUGGGAAGACGUGUCUCAAGGGCUCCUUCCAGCGGACGGGGUCGCUCAACAAGCCCCCGCAGAUUCUGUUGACUGCUUUAUCCCAGAUGCGCUGCGAUACUAUGCUACCUAAUACGCAGAUUGGAAGGAUUCCAUCUGAUUACUUGCAGAGCAAUCAGACAAUGCAGGGGCGCUUUGCCCGACCAGCUAAUGAUUGGCUUUUCCACUCGACAUAUGACCAUCAGAGCAGCAGUAAAGAAUGUUCAUCCUGUGACAAGAACCAGCUGGUGCAGCGUGCACCACGAGCAAAUGACGAACCGCAUAUUCAUUACGGCUUGAUCGCAUCGGGUAAUCAAGUCAUGAAGGAUUCCAGGACACGAGACGCCAUCGCUCGAGAGUUAAACGUACUUUGCUUCGAAAUGGAAGCGGCUGGCAUUAUGGAUCAGCUUCCAUGCCUGGUGAUACGAGGCAUCUGUGACUACUGUGACUCCCACAAAUCAGACGAAUGGCAGCAAUAUGCAGCCCUUACGGCAGCUGCCUAUUCGAAAGCCUUAUUAUCUAUUGUGCCGCUAGUGAGAGACAAUGUCGCGCAAGACCAGGGUAUGUCAUAG